CGUAGUCUAAAAAGGAUGACAACCGAGACCUAUUUGGACUUGACCUAUGACCGAGGCAAGGGGUCAAAGCGGCCCCUGAGACCAAAGCUAUUAAAGUUGACGGAUGUGACGAUACCGCACCGAAGUCGAAAGAAAAACAAAGUCAAGACAAAGGACCGUUCGGCCACCACAGUACGAGAAAGGAUAUACGAUGACCCAGCCUACACGGAGGACAUAAGUCACUUGGCGAAUCCCAUGCGUAGGAGUAGUAUUUCCGGGAAACCGGAUCACAAGUCCCUCGGUGGAUCGAAGCACCAGCUGGCCAAAGAGCUGCAUCAGUAUGUGACGGGAAAGCAGAGCAAGCUGAAGGGAGCUGGCGGUGGACCUGGCGGAGGACCCGGAGGUGGUGCGAGUGGAGCAGGACCAGGAGCAGUCUAUGACUGUGAUUCUAGCAGCUCCGACAAUGAACACCUGGAGCCGAUGAAAGCCACCAGCAGCAUGACCCGUCGAGUGCGCAGUCUGGAGCGGAGUCUGGCCAUUUCCAUGGACAAGAAAUCGGCACCGAAGCGCAGCUCCAAACAGAAGCGCAACCUCAGCCUGGACAACAGUCGCCACUUGGCCACCGCCAGGGUGGAAAGCAAGCAGGGUCAGGACAUGCGACGGAAGCUACCUCCCGACGGCGGCCAAGCAGAGGACGAUGUUUAUUCCGCCCGUAGUUCGGCCCAGGAAUCGGCGGUCACUCUGCCCGUGGAAGCGGAUGCCGCCACCAAGUUGGCCAUUGGAAAGCGCUUCCUCCGGGGCGAAAUUGGUAUCAAAAGCUUUAACUAUUACCUCCUGAAAGAGGGCCUGAAGAGCUCCAAGAAGAUAGAGAAGCCGGGACGCAACGAAGCCAAGCUGCAGUCUCGCAGCGAGGAGAACAUCUACGAGGAAAUCUUCUUCAAGGACACCCCCAAAGAGACCAAUGUAGUCCUGCCGGAAAAGGAUGGGCAGAGCCAUCUCCCGGCCAGCGAGGACUGUGAGAUCUGCAUGGAGCAGUGCAGCAAGGAUAACUGCGAGUUCUGUUUGGCGGGAAGCAAGCUGAUGAUGCAGGUGCAGUCCCAGCAGCAACACCAGCCACAGCUCCAGGAGAGCCAGGGACCUGGGGCUGGGGCAUCCGCCCUGCCAGCCGCCCACAUCCUGGAGUUCCAGUCGUACAAUCCCAAUAAUCCGGGCGUGUACAAGAUAGAGACCACCCCGGUGGCCAUAACCGGGGACUACAAUCCCAUACUCCAGUUCCAGCAGUCGUCGGCCACCACCUCCACUUCAACCACCACAACUCCCAGUGAACAGCACCUGCAGCAGCAGAUCUACGGAGGCUACUACCUGCCCCACCUGCCGCCCAAUCAACGGUCAUAUCACCCGUCCCUGGGGGGGAAUCCCCUCACCAGUCACUAUGCCACUGCAGGAGGGAGCUUGUUACUCGCCCAGGUGACCGGAGCUGCGACUCCGCCAAGGAGACCACAGCAACAGCAGCAACAUUAUAUCCUCGGAACUUUCCAGAAUGGCGGAGCUGGACCCGGAUCAGCCUCUGCCGGAGCCGCAUCCUUGCAGAGAAUAAAUACCAAGUCCUCCUCCUCCAGCGACUCACUACCCUACCACAAGUACAACACAAUGGCGCGGUUGGAGGCCAAUGUCUUCGCCUCUCCGGCGACCGGAGAUCUUUACUAUGCCGUGGGCGGAGCUGCCCCGCUGCAUCCUCUGAUGUAUGCCGCCAGCAGACCCAUCGGAGGAUCGCAGAUCCUGGUGGACUCGUACGAUCCGCCUCAGAUGUACAAGAGCGACUCGAAGGCUUCAAUACUCAGUGAGUUCUCUCUCCGGAGCAGCGACAAUUCCCAGCGCUAUGCCCGCCACCCGCACCGGAGACACGGCGGUGGAAGGGUCAGUGACUCCAGCUUGUUCUCCGUGUACUCCAAUUCCGGACAGCGGCGAUACUUUGGGAGUUCGGACAGUCGAUUCGGCUACGACUGUCGCCGAUGUAGCCUGGAUGGGGUCAUUGGCAUGGGUAUGGGCAUGAGCACGACAGGAGGAGUAGGAGGAGGAGGUGGUAAUGGUCACAUGGCCACCGCCAGUACUGCUCCGGACAAAUGCAGCUACUCAGACAAUUGCCGCUACGAGUGUCGCAACUGUGACUGCUCCUCGAAUUACUUUAGCUCCGAUUUCGAUGACGUCUAUGGAUCCAUAGCUCGCGGAGGCAGUAGCGGCAUUCCGCGCAAAACCAAAGCCGGAACCCUGCCUUCCAGCGGUCAGGAGGAGCCUCAGAUGGAGACCAAGGGUAAUACACCUCCACCCCCGAUGGAGCAACCCUACCAAGCUCCGCUGGACUUGAAACAAAACAAAUAUGCACAGGAUUUCUUCAAGCAUGUGAACGAUGUGAAGCGCAGUAUAUAUCAGUCGGAGAUGCAGCGAAACAAUAGCCUGGAGUCAUCCAGAAGGAAUCCCAGGAGCACUGGCUUGGCUGGUAACAGUAACACCAAGUCGAGUCCCAAGCGGGCUGCUUCCCAGGAACCCAGUCAUUCGGACCCAGUGGUGACCACACUCCCUCUUAGUCGAGGACGUCCUCUGGCCGGGAUGAAGCCCACUCCGGCGCCCAGGACCAGUUUGCAGGCACAACCCACUCCCAGCACAGCGUCUGCUCCCAGAGAUCCCACGCCAAGCAAACGGAAACCCCAGCCCACUGGCCGGCGAGAGUAUCCUUCUCUGGAUCGCCUGGUGGCCUCAUCCACAGGAACUAUUCCCAAGAGACAGAAUCGGACAGUAGUUUCGGAGAAGAUUACCACUGAACACAGUCAGCCCCAGAGUCCAAAAACUUACUCAAAAUCCGCGGACAAUAGUAUCUCAGUUUCCGAGGAACAGGCUCCGCAAAGUCAAGGCAAGAGACACCAUCGAUCCAGUGGAUCUAAGUCGCACCAGAGUGCGCCAGGUCCCAGUUUGAGGAGGAAGGAUAUACCGGCACCACCACCGCCCUCGCCGGCCACCUACUCCGAUCUUCAGGAGCUUAAGGCCAACAUGGAGGGCUUCCGGGACGACACAAAGUCGAGGAGCGUUGAAAGUGAAUCCAAUGAGUCGGGAACAAAAACGGUUGUGGAGGUUUCGAAACCUGAUCCUCCGGAUAUAAGUGCUCUGGAAUUGGAGGACAGUGAUGUGUUUUAUGAUGCCCGGAGUGAAGAUUCCGCCGGGGGUGUCCUGCCCUCCGAUAAUGGCAGAGAUUUGGCUUCCAAAAAGGGAGCAUCCUGCAAUGCGACAACACAUCAGACGCCAGUGGACAUGGCUGCCGCUGUAGCUGCUGCUGCUGUCAAUGGAGGAGGGAACCGCAAGGACGUCGAAAUGGCGCAUUCCAUCAAGGAUGUUGUCGUUGUCGAACAAGAGCAGGAGCAGGAGCAGCAAGAGGAGAAGGAGAAGGAGGUGAAAAAGGGUCAGGAGAUGGACCAAGAGAAGGACCAAGAGCAGGGCCCAGAGCAGGAGCCAGAACAGGAAAAGGCGUCAGGCGACGCGGACAGACCGGAAGGGAAUAGCAUCGUGGCAGAGACCGAAACUGAGCAACAACCCUUGAAUCAAUCUGUUGAGAGCGAUUUGGCCACCCAGCCACAACCGCCGCUCCCACAACUCGGACACCCACAACCUCGCGUAAGGACACCACCCGAGGAGGAUGCUGUUUUGAAGGCAAAACACGAAAAGACAAGCAAAACAAAAGCCGAGAAGAAGGCCCCUAGCGGCCAGCAACAUGUUGCCGCAACAUGUGCGGAGGGGCAGGCCAGUUCACCAAUCAACAACAGCAACAAAUCCACCAAUAGCAACACCACGGCCAGCAGCAACAGCAGCCACAGCAACAUCAACACCACCAGCACCGUCGAGUUCGAGUUCGAGAGCAAAGCGGGCAACACGGACAGCGCAGCGUUAACGGUUUCGCACAGUGAUCCGCCACUCGACGCACUCGUCACAGGAAACCCAACGUCGCCAAGACCUCUAACUCGCCAGGACUACGCCUGCCUCGAUUCUAGCGAGGCACAGUCGGACGAUAGCCACCUGACACGCGACUCCAUUACCCGGGAGUCCCAGAACGACGAGCUCUCCUCCUCCACCCUCGAGAAACUAGACGUUAGCACACUUCCCUUGCCCGCUCUGCCCAAGCGUCGGCGCACCCGAUCCCGCGCCAGUCCCUCAAAGCACCUGAAGCCUCCACUGACGGCACAGCGUCAUGAAGCUGUCGAAGAUGCCACGGCAGGUGCAACAGCAGCAGGAGCAGCUCAGCAUCAGCAGCCACCCAAGCACCGUCAGCGAGCAGUCAGUCCGGAUGCCCAGAAGCCGGAAAUAAGCAAUCAACAAGCGAACCAGAAGCAACAGACUCCCCAGCAGCAGCAUCUCUCCGCCUUCCAGCAGUACGUGGCGAAGCGAAGGGAGAGCUUGGAGGCCUCCAACCGGAGUUUCAACGAGAAGCUGGAGGCGCGCAGGAUGCACUAUCACAUGGGCGGGAGCGGGGCCAAUGGAAGUGCCCCCAACGGGGGAGUGCCCACCUAUCUGUUUGGAGAACACUAUCACGGCGGGCACGGCUCCGGCUCCGGACGGAAGUCGAUCUCUCCCGCCACCAACAAGGAGGAGAUAUUCCUCAACAAAUCCGGAUGGGUACAGGUCAACACCAAGCGCGGCAGCAGCAAGGAAGAUUAUCAUAGACUGGCCUAUGGCCAGCAGAAUGGAGGAGCUCCGGAUCGUGGUAGAACCUCGUCCCGGGCCAUGGGAAUGGAUCACAAUCGUCGCUCUGACUUGGCCCGCCAGUCAUUCAUCCAGCAGCACCACCAACAGCAACAACAGCAGUCGGAGCCAAAGUUUGUGAGCUCCAAAGUGGAGGAACUCAUCCAGAGGAACGAGGCGCGGCUAAGUGGCUACUCCUCGCGAGAUCCUGCCCUGAGGCCGGGAUAUCGGAUUUUAGAUCCCCAGCUGGCGAAUAUUCUCAACGAGCGACCCGGCUUCUUGCCGGUGAAGAGCCCCAACGACUUGGACACGCCCAUUACGCCCAUACUGUCGCCACCACCCGCUUUCCAGGACAACAGUCGCAGCAGUCGGCAUCCGGAACGACGUAAGCCAAGUCGACAGCAAGUUCCGUUGCCGGUGCCAUUGCCCGUGCCGCUUCCGUCACAGACACAGUCCCAGCUGGGCACCCAGCAGCACAUGGCCAACGGCACCGCCAAGGGCAUGGUCUUCUCCCGCAGCUUCGAGUACGAUACGCGGCGUCCCACCCCCACCGACAGCUAUGUGGAGACGUUUUCCCGCAGCUUUGAUGGAAAUCUAUCGGAGCGCCCCCUGCACCUGGGCAUGCCCAUGAUGCCCAUGGUGGGGCUGCAGCGCGAGAGGUCGCCCAACUUCAGCACCCUGACCGGGAACUCGCCCAACUACUUAACCAAGCGGGAGAGCAGCGGCGGUGGCGGCAGCAGUGGCUCCCUGCGCAGCCGGGACAACUCGCCCAAGUAUCUGAAUCCCCAGACGACGACCGCCUACUUGAACACAGCCGUGAAGGAGGCGCCACCGGUGUUCAGUCCGGCCACCAACCAGGCACCCAACCAAGCCAAGUACUCGCCGCGUUCCCGACACGAAAGGACGGCGGAGCGGGCCAAGAGCCAUGCUCUGGGUAGGUCGCGAAAGUCGCAGUUCAGUCGGGUGGGCAGCGCCGGUCCGUUGGUGGCCCAUCCACCCACUGGAAUGGGAAACAUGGGCGUAUCGCGAUUCCGCAGCUUCGAUACGUCCAAGAGCCAGCGCCUCAACUCCUGCGACAGCGGCGCGAGAUCAGAUCUCUCCAACGACGAGCUGGACAACGAGGACGGAGGCCUGAACGAGUUCCUGUCCGCCGGCACUCACAAGUUCCCCAAAACCGGGACAUGCAGCGUCAGCAUCUCCCCAUUUAAGAUGCAGCGCCAACGCUCCCUAACUCCGGAUCGCAACGAGUCGCACAGCUCGUCCAGCAGCCUGCGGAAACAGCGUUCGCUGACUCCCGAAUCCAGGUCACUGACCCCCGAGGAGCGUCGCAAGAAGGGCUCCCAGCUGUCGCUCAGCGGCUCCCGUCAGAAUUCCGGCUCAAGGAGCAGCACUUUGGAGUCACGUCAACGGCACGAGGACAGGACGCCGCCCAACAUCUCUCGCAGCUCCUCCAGCUCCAGCUACAGUGGCGGCGACUCCCACGAACCCCUCAAUGCCAGCAACAGCUCUACAGUCACGGGUACAGUGGUGGUUCCCACCAGUAGCUCCUCCAGCCAUCGGCGUGCUCUGGCCGCCAAGCAGGCAGAGCAGGAGCACCGCAUCCGAAGGUCCCGAUCAUUGCAGCUUAGUGAGCGGUCACCGAACCGGACCCACAAGUCCGUAGUGAACGUGGGUGGCGUGGUAUCCGGCCAGCCGCCACAGGCAUCGGCCGCCGCCUACCAGCAGUCCCGCCUGGCCAGCGGAGCCACGAUUUUUCCGCCCAGCAUUCGGGCUUCUUCGAGCCGAAACCAAGCAUCUUCAUCCGGAAACGCGGUAAGGGUGCGCCAAAGCCAAAAUGAGGCGGACAAGGCCCGCUCCUUUGACUUCGACUACAGCAACUACAACCGUGGGGGGCGGAAGGCCGAGUCCUCGGCCAGGACGGCCCAUACCAGCGGAAGUGGAGGCGAUAGUGGCAGCAACCAGAACCUGCGCAUCGAGCGGGAGUCCCGCUCCUUCGACGACGAUUAUCGUGAGGCGAUGCUGAACAACAACAAUGGCGGAAGUGGACGUUUCCUGCAGCCCACGGUGGCGGAUUCGGGACACGGUUCACUGGCCUCCAGUUCAUCCUCCCGGCUGCGCAAGAGCAACUCGCCGGUCAACACGUCCCCCGGCAUGGAGCACGGAGCCUCGAGGUCGCCCCAAUCCUCGGGCUCGUCCACGAACAAUCUCCACCAGGCGCAGCCGCGGCAGACGGGCAGUCCGCAGAGCUACGGAACCCGGUUGUGUGACCACGAGCUGACGUACGAGAUGCUCCGCAAGUCGCCGAUCAUGAACUUCCGGCGGGGCGACAGCAGCGACUACGAGCUGCCGGUGAUGCUCCGGAAUCGGGAGACCAUCAACUCGGGCGGCAACAGUGAGCUGAACUUUAUGAGUAACGAGACAAGGAUAUAUGAGCAUCCGACCACCGUGUUGAAGCCACAACGCUCGCUCCGCCAAAAUCCAGGAUCGCGGGACGACCUGACGACCUUGGAGGUGGCUGUGGGCGUGGGCGGUGACUACAUCUACCGACAGGCGGCAACUCAGCCGCGAAGCAGCAGCACACCCAUAGCGAAUCCCAUACCCACACCCACAAGCAGCAGAAGCUGCAGCAAGACAUUGGAUACCUGCGACUAUUGGCCCCGAUGCGCCGGCUGUCAGGAGAAGAGUGCCAGUGCACCUGGAGCCAGGAUGGAGAAGAAAUCUAAGAAGGAGGAGCAACCGCAGCAUCAGCAGCAGCAGCACGUCACCACAGUGGCCGUUAACGAAAACCCGAAGCAGCCACGCGUCGAAAAGUCCUCCUCCAAUCCACCGUGGACCUUCUUGUGCAGCGGAGUGGCCAGCAUUUGCCAUUCAGAUGGGAUACAGACAACGCAGGAGGCCGGAACAGGAACAGUAGAGGCUGGCGUAGAGGCUGGAGUAGAGGGCUCCCCAGUGGCAUCACAAAAGGAGAUUGCGCUCAGUGUUGUUUGCCGACGGGAGAGGAGAAAGCAAACUAAGGCCGUAAAGAACAAGUGCUGUCGCGACAGCAGGAAACGCAGUCGAUCCCUGCCCAGCAUGCUGAUGCCACAAGGACCUCCAGUCGAGCGAAUGCCAAAAAGCGGAAGUCAAGGAGCCAGGAACAACAACAUCUUUGCCGUGGGACUGUCGCAGCAGAUGCGGGCCGUUUCCAGUCCCACGCUGACAGAACCACCACCACCACCACCAUCAUCAUCAUCGCAGCCGAAACCCAACCCCAAGCCGGACGAGAGCUCGGAAGCGGUGACAGGAAGCGCAAACAUAGGCGGAGGAAGCAGCAGCGCCGGCGGCGGUGGAGGGCUCGGCGUUCUCCAGAAGUUCAAGCGAACGCUGAACAACUUCAACAACAAGAAUCAGCUCAACAUUGGUCCUCUGCCGCCAUCAGCCGGCAGCCAGGCGAAGGGCAAAUCCUCACCCACUACGACAACACCCAUUGUGUCCAUCACGGCCCCCCCACCGGCAAACGCCGCCUCGGGCGCCACAGUUGCCAGCGAAUCUGCCAAUGACGGAGGUGAUGGCAGCUCGGGCAAGUACCGAUUCGGGCCUCUCAUUUGGCGCACCUCCAAGGAGCGACGGAAGACCAAGUUCAAUCGCCGGGACAAGUGCAACUCCGGCGACUCGGGCAUUCAGAUUGAGCUCGAGCAGGAUGAGCACUAUUCCAGAGUGCUGGCCAUCGGCAGUGGCCAGGGGGGAGACCGGGCCUCGGCCCCAGUCAGUGGGGGCUCGGGACAGGCCGGUGCCGAUGCCAAAAUCCGAUCCAUUAGGCGCACCAACUCGGCCAAGGCCAGCAGUCUGCUUGGACGCGGGCCCUUCGCCCUGAAAUCCAGAAAUGCCAAGUUGCUGAACGAGAAAACAGAGCGCGAGGCACCCGAAUCCCUGCCCACUCGCUCCCUGAGCCAGCCGAACGGCCUGGAGACUUAUGGAAUGGGCGGGCGACCGGAGCUGGAGGACAGUGACAGCGACAGCGUGGCAUCGCACGAAGAAGCUGUCAGCUACUAUCCCACCAUCUACGCCGAGGUGCUUUAUAACUUUACGGCUGGCGGGCCGCAGGAGCUGGGCCUGGAGCGGGGCAUGCUCAUCGAGAUUCUGCGCAAGGAGGUCGGACCCUGGUGGUUCGGACGCAUCAAGAAGGAGGAGACCAAUCUCGUGGAGGAGAUACUCGAUCCCGAGCUGGGCUGGUUCCCCAAAGAGUUUGUGCGCAUCAUUCACUGUCCAGAGACCGAUGUAUUCUUCAAUGCCCACCGUGCGGCUGCCGCCGAGGCAGCAGCUGCCGAGGAGGAGGCCGCUGCCACAGCGGCGGGAUCUGGCGGGGAGGCCACCACCACCACCAGCACCACCACCAUACCCAUACCAGUGACAACCUUCGACCAGGACGCCGAAGCAAUUGGUAACGGAGAUGGGGACCUCGAUGUCACCGUAACCACGGACCAAAGCAACAUCACCACCAUAGUCAUUGAAUCGCCACCCAAUCCGUUGAGCUCUAACGUGCCUCUGGACCAGGAGAACAUCCUGCGGCGCAGUGCUGUGCGCGAAUUGCUGGAGACUGAGGUGAACUAUGUCAAGCUGCUGGCCUCCAUUUGCGAUGGAUAUCUGCCAGCCAUGAGCAAACGCAUCGAUAUAUUCUCGCCAAACAGUAUUCGCCUGAUCUUCUCCAACAUAUCAGCUAUUUACAAGUUCCAGCGAAAGUUCCUGGAAGCCUUGCGCCGGGGCAUCGAACAGAACCAGAUUGCCAAGGUGUUUCUCAAAAUGCACAAAGGUUUCCUUUGCUAUUCCACCUACUGCAACGCCUAUCCUCGUGCCUUGAUUGAGCUCGAGUCCUACGACCGCGUCAAGGAUGCACGCACCAUACUGGAAAACUGUCGCGAAUCGGAGAACCUGGCUGAGCUGCCACUGUCCGCCCACCUCCUGGCGCCCGUCCAACGGAUCUGCCGGUAUCCGUUGCACCUUAACGAGAUCAUCAAGUCGGCUCUGGCCAGCAGUCAACCUGCUGCCCUGGCCAGUCCAGAUGCCGAUGAAGUGGAUGGAGGCGAUCAGGCCAAGCCGACACACGCCGACUACGAGCAAAUGGACAUCAGCGAACUGGACGUCCCAGACUGCCAAGAGGUGGUCAACCAGGCCUUGGAGGCGAUGCGCGGCAUCACGGAGGCCGUCAACGAAGGCAAGCGUCACAGCGAGACGAUCGCCCGGCACCAGGCCAGCUUCCAGAACUUCAAGGGCCCGCCACUUCACCUGCACAGCGCCCGCUUCUUCCUGCAGGUGGAUGCCACGCGGGAGAAGCAGAACCUGUGGAACAGCAGUUGCACCCUGUUCCUGUUCGACAACCAGCUGGUCUACUGCAAGCGAGACAUCAUCAAGCGGAACCACUUCAUCUACAAGGGACGCAUCUUCCUCGACCGCUGUCGCGUGGUCAACGUCCGGGACGGCAAGAUGUUCGGACACACGAUUAAGAAUUCCCUACGCAUUUACUGCGAGUCCCGCGAUAAGUGGUACGACUUCAGCUUCCGGUCGCCGAACCGGAAACACCGGUUUCUGAGCACCCUCGCCUUGGAGCGACAAUUCGGCGGUAAGGCGUUGUACGUGUCGGAAAUGACGGGAUUCGAGUACAACUACGACGAGCGACCCGGCGACUUUUCCGAUCAGUCGGACUACGAGGCGCCCGAGUACGAACAGGCCGGCGGUGGUGCCACCUCGGCCAGUGGCGACAGCUCGGUGCCGGAAUCACCAGCCAAAUCGACAUCCCGCCUAUGCGAAACGCUGCCCAAGAAGUCGCAGUCGCGGGACGGCAUCGCCAGCGCCAAUACCAGUGCAGACAACUCCACGACAUCCACGGGCUCGCUGGGCAGGAGGCGCAUUGGGAAUUGGUUCCGCAAGCCGAAGAGUGCCAACUGUACGCCCAGCCAGUCGCCGACGCACAAGCCGAGCUUCGAUGCGGACGAAACGCUGACGGAGGCCCGGGUGGCCGCCAUGGAGCUGGCUGAGGCCGCAGCGGCGCUUGUGCCCACGGACAGUUCAUCGGCAUAGGGGCUGGCCGGAAUCGGUUACCAAAAUGAAUCGCAAUAAUAUCAUAAACCCAGCUAAAAAAUACAUUCAAAUAUGUACUCGUACGCAUACAAGAUAUAAAAAUAAUAUUUGUUAUCAUAAUAUUAAAUUGCCUUUAAUCGCAUCCAAUCGAGAGUCGCAGGUAGUCGAAUGAGUGUUACAUUCUGAAUUGAAUUUUAGUCUAAAAUUAAAUUAUCUUUCUCGUUUUUUUGUUUCGAUAUAUACAUAUAUAUAUAUAUAUAUAAAAUUAUGUUCGAUUUGUUGUAACUAUCUAUGAGAGUCGUUUGUCGUUUAAGUUUGUUCCAGGUCCAAGCGUUAGUUGGAACUUUAGGAUAACCUACCCAGAACAUCAGACCAUGUAUACUUCUGGCAUUUCAAUGCGGUUUUGUUAAAAAGCAAAAGAGUCGCCGACUGCUAGUCUAAAAGAACCCUAUUACCUGUCCAUAUACUUGUAAAUCUAGGUUACGUGAUAAGUCGAUAAUAAUAAACAUUCGAAAAAUAUUA